GAAAUCACUUGAACAUAGAAGGCGACAUGUUGUUUCCUUUCUCUAUAUGUGCUUUAGUGUGCGCCAUCACAGUGUUUGGUUGUAAUGAUAUUGACACGUCAGCUUGUGAACAGAUGUUUAAACAGCGACCUAAUUUUUGUUCGGACCAAACAAUUGCUAAAACUGCGUGUCCUGCUUUUUGUAAACUUUGUCCUAUUGAAUGCUAUCAUUGUAAUGGAACAGUACUGGACACGGAUCAUUGUAAGACAGUAAAAACAUGUCCUGAAGGAUUCGUGUGCAUGAGAAAGGAACUGAAAUCUAUCUAUGACGGACAUCACGAAUAUGAGUUGACAUGCGCAGAUAAACAGGAAUGUGACCAUCCAUUAAGCGCCGGAGUGUUCGGGAAAAGGCAUGUGAAGCAACGUGAUUUAACAGUUACUUGUUGUAUGGAAGACCGUUGUAACCAUCUUGCACCACAGACACCAAAACCUAUAACACACUGUGUCAAAGAUUUGGUGUUAGUUGUUGAUGAUACGUCACGAAUUCAACCCUAUGAAAACGCUGUGAUUUCGUUUUUGCAAAAUGUUGUUUCUAGUCUACCUGUAAGUAAAACAGAUAUUCACGUGGCUCUCGGGAUGUUUUCACAUGACUUUCUACCUAUAUUUGACUUUAAUGAUCACCCCGCGAAAGCAGACAUACUCCAUGCUAUAUCAACGCAAGUGUUUAGAGGUGACCACCGCGGAGAUACUAUUGAAGCGCUUAAUUACGUCAUCAAGCAUGCGCUGACUCCCACAUCCGGUGAUAGACCAAACGCACAUAACGUUGUUCUUCUAAUAACCAGUCGUGGUGCUGAUAAUAAGCAAGAAAUGUUAUGGAAAGAGAACCAGGUACAUAUGGCGGCAGAUGUCAUCUCCGUUCAAUUUGGGCAUGCCGACUUCAAAUACCUGGCGUCUGGUUACAAUUACAACUUCCACCUUUCUUCUGGGUACCAUAUAUCGCAAAUAGCUCAAAAUGUCACUAAUUUGAUUAUGUGUUGAUGAUCUGAAUUAGCUCACAAUAAACGAAUAAAAAACAUUAUAA